AUGAUUCUCCAAAGUGAUGGCACUCUAUACAUUGGAUCUUUUUACCAAUAACACUUGGAGGGCUAUAGUUUGGUAAUCAAUCCAGAUGGAUGUAAUACAGAUCUAAAUAUUAGCAUAUUAUUAUGGCUUAUUUAAGAAAUCCAAACCAAAAGAUGUAGGUCUGUAUAAAUUAAAAAACUCCUGUCUUAAGAUAUUUUGGGGAGAGGAUGACUCAAUUAAAAAGGUUGAAGACAUCAAAAAUAUAGGCUUCUUGCAAAAUAUUAUAACUUUUAAGAAUAAUUGUUAUGGUAAUAAAAUACUCAUUAAAAUUAAUCCAUUGACUUAUGGUGUUGCUAAAAAUUAAAAGUAUGAUGGAUUUACAGUCAUGCAUUAUAAAAAUGGAGAUAUUUAUUAUGGGAGCAUAAUAAAAGGAAAAUAGAAUGAAGAAGGCAUUCAUUAUAAUAAUUAUUUUUAGGAAUGGUAUUGGAAUAAGUAUGCAAAUGGAAAAUUAAUAUCUCACUAACUCUACGGAAAGAAUCUUGUACCAAGAGAAUUGAUAAGUAAUAAUAUAAAAUAAUUAAUUAGGCAAACUCUUUAAUAAGUUAAACUAUAGGUCUAAUUAAAUAAACAUGGUGUCUCUCUCUAAUAUACAACAAUUAAUUAUAAAUUAGUUGUUACUCAAUAAUUAAUAAAAUCAUUUAUCUUUUGCCUCAACUGUUCAAAGUGCCCAUCCUACUCAUAGGGAAAUUCUCUCAUAAAUUUUGAUUGAUGAUGAAGAUACUAAUAAUAAUGAAGAAUUGGAAAUUUUGCAAGAUUCCAAAAUUGAAUAAAUUGAUUAAGAAUUACACAUCUACAACUAAAAUUAUUAAAAUGAUGAAAUUGAGGGUAAGUUAUCUAAAUGUUAAACAGAUAAAGCAUUGUUAAAAAUUGAAAAAUAAUAAAGACUAAAUAAUUUUUUGACGCAGCCCUCUCCAUCAAAGUCUCCAAAAGAUAAUAGAUAACAAAAAACGACUUCAAGUUCAAUGUAUUCGACAACAAAAAUGACGAUAUAUAAACGAUCUGUUUCACCUAUUUUUACAACAGUUCGUCACUUGUUUUCAGUAAUCAGAAUUUGA